AUGAAUGCUAGUUUAGCUAUGUCUGAGGUUGGUUCAAUUUUGGCUGAGUUGAAAGCUAGACCGUUAUUUUUGCUGCAAAUUUGUGAAGCUCAAAAGAAUGAUGGUGAAUUACAAGCCAAGAGAUUUCAGUGUGAAUCAGGUGGGGACUCAGAUUUUCGAAUUAGAUCAGAUGAUUGUCUGAUGUUCCGGAAUAGGAUAUUUGUACCGAGAAAUGAUGAGUUGAUUCAGACAAUUUUACAUGAGGCACACAGUGGUGAUUUAUCAGUUCAUCCACUACUGAUUCCUGAGUGGAAAUGGGACAGAAUCACGAUGGAUUUUGUGGCGGGUUUGCCUCUGACUCCUAGAAAGAAAGAUGCUAUUUGGGUAAUCGUUGAUAGAUUGACAAAAUCAGCCCAUUUUAUACUGAUCAAGCGAGACAUGGAAACAGCCUCGAUAAGGGAAAAGAAAAGAAAAGAAAAGAUUGUGGAAACAGCCUCGAUAAGGGAAAAGACUGAGCUGCUGUUGGAGUUUGUUGUACUUUCUGCUUUGCUCUGCUCUGCUUCCCUCGCUGCAGCCUCCGCUUCCCUCGCUUCCGCCUCAGCUUUAAGUUGCUGCUGA